CCGACCUCAUUUCUCUCAGUUUAAAUUGGGGUGCUGAAGGCUAAAGUCAGAGCAGAGUUACUUCCCUGACUUCAUCACUCAUUCAGCACUUGAUAGCUUUGUACUCGGAACGUGCUGCUUCGGUAGUUGGACCGGACCAAGAUGGCGGCCCUUGUUGUUGUGACGUUGUUGAUGAUGACGUUUGUUGCAAGCCACGCCCAGAGCGGUGCCCUUGAGAUCGACCUGCUCAUGCCCGCAGUUCAGCCACAGGAUCCCGACACUUACCUGUGUAUGACCAAGAAGGUUGAUGACGUCCACAGGUAUAUCUCUGGAUUCGUUCCCAAAGCUGACCCAGACAUCGCUCAUCACAUGCUGCUUUUUGGUUGUGAGAUACCCGGGGGCAAGGUUGGAACUGUGUGGAACUGUGGCGAGAUGACCUCAACCAGCGGCUACAAGCGUGGAGCUGUGUGUGCUGCUGGACGUAACAUCAUCUACGCCUGGGCCCUGGACGCACCUAGGCUAAACCUACCUGCAGACGUGUCGUUUGAUGUUGGCAGUGGCACAGCUAGCAAGUACUUGGUACUUCAGGUGCACUACAAAAACAUUACAAGCUUUAAACCACCAAGAAACAACACUGAUAGUUCUGGUGUGACUCUAGUGACUAGCACAACACCGACAACAAAAGAAGCCGCCAUUUUGUUUUUCGGAACAAGCGGCUACAUCCCAGCUAACAGUGUUGAAUACUUCGAGGCUGCUUGCGUCAUCACUGCUGACGUCACACUCUACCCAUUUGCCUAUAGAGUACACACACACUCCAACGGUCGUGUUGUUGCUGGCUAUCGCAUCCGUAACGGCAACUGGACGGAAAUGGGAAGGAAAGACCCUCGUCUUCCACAGAUGUUCUACAAUGUCACCAACCCUGGUCUAGACAUAAAGAAGAACGAUGUCUUGGCUUUCCGCUGUACCAUGGAGAAUCUGAACGCCAGAAACAUCCAGAUUGGGCCUACCGUGAACGACGAGAUGUGCAACCUGUACCUGAUGUACUACGUGGACAGAACACCUGACCUGGGCAGCCACACCUGUCAGUCAGGUGGUCCACCCUACUGGUUCUGGACCAGCUACGCCAACCAGCGAGCCAUCAACCUCGCUGGCCAACCCAAGGACGUCAGCAUCAUACCAGGCACAGACACCCCCUACAUUAGAAAAAUAAAUCGAGGAUAAAAAAAAAACGACACAAACAUUUUCUGAAUUCGGACUUGUGGCCAAAAUGAUUAUUUUUCAUUCUAUUUUUAUAACUCUCUAUUGUUAAUUUUAAACUAAAAUUUAACAUACCUGAUGCGGUUAUGGUUAAAUAUGUUUUGGUGUUUACCGUUCAAUAAUAAAACUGUCUUAGC